AAUGAAUCCGAUUUGUUUGUGGUGCCAAACGAUUUCAAAUUGGAAAUCGAAGAGAAGUUGUCGAAGAAAUUCAAAGAAAAGUUCUGCGAGCCAAUAAAAUCGCGAGAAUACGAAGAGCAACGCGAGAAAGGCAUCGAAUCGCAUCUGAUGGCGUUGUUGGACGAAAUCGUCGCCAAUGAGAACUUAUCAGUUGCCGAGCGCAAAAAACAACUGAAAAAACGGAAACCAUAUAAUUUCGUGAAAAUUGUUUCUGAGAAAAUGGAUCCAUGUGGGGAAAUUUUUGAGGAAAUUGUCAAUAAAUUGAAAAAUUUUCAAGAAGACCUACCCGCAUAUCUACGAGCAACGUUUUCCAACGCCAAAGUUGAGGCCACGAAAGCCGCGAACCCCGAGUAUUUUGGAUAA